AAAGGAAGCUGAAGAAUUAAGAUCACUUUUACAGCAAUAAUUUUAGAGCAUGGAGAAUUUAAGGUUCAGCCUGCGGCUAACCCGCCACGAUGAUUUCGACAACAAUGGUAACCAACAUAAAUGUCAAGCAAACAAGGAAGGUUAAAGAUGCAAGAAAGGUCAAUGUAGAUAGAAAUAAAAUGCCAGAAGAAAAGAAAAGGACGGGGUCAUACCUAAGUGAUAGUCCCCCACCCGGAUAUAUGGAGAACAUGGAUACGCCAAUCAUACUCAACGUUGGUGGUCGCAGGUUCGAGACCAUGAUGUCGACGUUGCAGAAUGUCCCAAAUACGCGGUUGGCAAACUUGGAUAAAAGUGCCUUCUGGCGACCGGAUAAGAAUGAAUACUUCUUUGAUCGUCAUUCGGAAGUCUUCGAGGCCGUUUUGAAUUAUUACAGAGUAGGAGAGUUGCACAUACCGUUAGGUCUCUGCGGGCCUAUUGUAAAACGAGAGCUAGAUUUCUGGGGGAUCGUGGACCAGGAUAUCGAGAUGUGUUGCCAGCUGACGUACGCUUCCUACCAGUCGCAGAAAGAUAAUCUCCUGAAGUUCGACAAGGAGAGACACCUAGAGGAGGACAAGGUAUUGAACCCGAACGGCCGCUGGUCGAGUAUUCGGCCAGUUGUCUGGACGUUUCUCAACAAUCCGAGGACAUCCAGAGCUGCUAUGGCGUAUGCUGUGAUUUCGACCAUCAUGAUCAUCAUUUCCGUCUUAUCGCUCAUACUCGCGAGUCAUCACACCUUCCGCAUCGAAAUGUCGGACGAGGACUGGGCUGUAUACCACAAGGUUAGCUUGGAUGACUUCUUGCAAGACAAGCACGGGUUGAAACGAGAUCGAAUCCGAAACCAUGCAACUUCAAAUGCGGCUGACACACCAACGUCGAAUGCCACCACAUCUGGCAGGCGUAAACGGGCUGUGAAAGGCGAUAAUGCAGCAAAUGACAACACAGUAACGACUAAUACGACCGAGUCCGCAUCUCCGACAAAUGAUGAUCUGCCCCCGCCUCCCGGUAAAGGAAGGGCCGACAUAAUGACUGCAUUCCUCAAAGCAAAAGCCGAGGAAGAGUUGGAAAAACAAUACGAAACGUCCGAAGAUCUUUCUAUCCCGCAUCCAUGUUUUGACUAUAUCAAUAUAGUUUGCAUAGCAUUCUUUACGUUGGAGUACAUAGUGCGGUUCAUUUUUUCACCACGGAAAUGUCGCUUUCUGAUUGCCCCAAUGAACGUCAUUGAUAUUUUGUCCGUUUUGCCCUUCUAUGUCAUGGAGAUUAUACUCCUGGUUGAUCCGACUGAGAAGUACAAGGAUUCAGUCCUUGACAUCAUCACAGCAUUCCAGGUCAUCAGGGUGUUUCGUGUCUUUCGAAUGAUGCAGCACUUCAAUGGCAUGAUGGUUCUCAUGUACACAAUGAAAGUCAGCUUUAAGGAGAUUUUACUAACUUUCGUAUUCGUGUGCAUGGGAAUUCUUAUUUUUGGCUCUCUCAUGUACUAUGUUGACUCCAAAGAAACAUACAAGAGUAUUCCAUUAUCGUUCUGGUGGGCCGUCGUCACCAUGACCACAGUCGGCUACGGCGAUAUGUAUCCCAAGACAGAAAUGGGCUACGUUGUUGGUGCACUAUGCGCAAUGUCUGGAGUAGUCGUCAUCGCGUUGACCGUACCCAUUGUCGUCAACAACUUCAUGUUGUUUUAUCAGCAUGCUGCGUCCACUCCUGAUAUCAACAGCACUGGCCGUAACACCGAGAAAACACAUGUGAAGAAGGUUAAAAAUGAUGUCUAUCUUGCUGCGGCUAAAAGGAUGCUUGCUUUGGAGACUGAUGAAAUGUCUGAAGAUAAUCUUUCCCGCAAGCUUCCAGUGUUGUCGGAAUCGCGUUGUGGCUCAAAAACGGGUGUCAAUGGUCAGAUUGAGUACGGCCGUAAUUCGAGUUCAACUGCUUGGGCUGAAUAAAGGAAAUACAGCAUAUGUAAUCAGUUAAAAAGGGGCUCCAGGCAGGAAGUAGAAGGGUCCAAAUCGUGGUCUCCAGGCGACCACUACGCAUUGUUUCGGAACUGGGUCUGGUUCCCGGGUCUGGUUUAACUUAUAAGUAUUCCUCAUACGAGCAUGAAGAGUGCUGAUCGAUAGUAGAGCCGCCUUUGGCUACUUGGUGAAACUUGAUUUGGCCCACCUGGUUCGUGCCUAAUCUCCCUUUAACACUUUGCUUUGAGCAGCAAAUAAGAUUGCGACGUAAACAUAAUGUUGGAGCCAGAAUUUCCCUUACUAAACAAUUCUAUGACCGGAGCGUUUUGUUUUAAAAUCAUCAGCUAUUGUGAGAAAUGACUACCGUAAGAUAUGUAGUUUCGUUUCGGGACAUAACGCCAGAAGUGUCCAGUUUCUCAAUAUCAAUUGGCUCCUCAUGCCCGAUGCAAUAGUCCAGGUUCACCUGUCUCUGUGCACUUCAUAUGUUACAGCAGUCAACACAAAGGAACCAAAGCUUGAACGUGACGUAUAGUGAAGCAGAAAAUAAAUAAUUACUUCUCUCGCUAUUUCGCAAUUUCAUCCAACCAGCUUCCUACGUAAUUUCUCGUUGUAACGUGAUAUAUUUACGUCUUGAUGAAGAAGUGAACGUCAAAUACUGAAUAGAGUCAUUUCGUUCUCUUU